ACGACUUUCACAUUUUAGUACUAAAAGUCGAAUGUCGAGUUACCUAUCCCUACAAAGGAAGCGUGGUGCAAUCGUAAACAUGGGCAAGUUGGUCAAUAAGAUCAAGGAAACUGCUCCCAAGCGUGAGGAAAAGAAGAACGUUAUAAAAAAGACGUCAAUAUCGAAAAAAGAGAAAUAUAAUCAGAAACGUCAAAAACUACUCAACAAAUUCGCUCUAUUGAAACAGCAGCAAAAAGAAGAUGCGGAUAGAAGAAAAAGGGAGAAGACCGUUGUUGUGGGUGAUUUAAAGGUUCUGAAGGACGCAUUACCAUCAUUAGACGAAAUCAUGCAACUGUCCAAGGAAAAGACUCACCUAAAGACGGGUAUCCGAGAAGUGGAUCAAUCAGCCAAUCCCAAACAUCUAAGUGCCAAGAAAAAAAUAAAAACAAAAAAAGAAAAGUUUGCUCGUCAAGUCAAAGCCUUUGAAAAGUUAUUAAAAGAUCCAGAUUUUAAGCAGAACCCACGGGAAGCAAUACGUUAUCACAUAAAAUAUACGCAUGGAUUACUUGAAUAAACAAAAAUAAUAACUUAA